AUGGCGGGAAAACGAAAGCGGGCGGAUACCUUAGCAGUUGGAGAGGUGGAAGGAGGACAAGUGAAUGGCGGCGGGCAAGUGAAUCAACAAGAGAAGUUCCAGGAAUGGCUAGCCGAUAUAAUGGAAAUAUUGAGAGACCAAGACACCACUCCUUCUACCUUCGACCGCCCCAUUUCCACUUCUACACAAGAAUCACAUGAUGCAAAGCGUACUAAGCUUUCCGAGUCCUCUGAGAAAACCACCGUCGCCACUCUCUUUAGGAGCAACGCUUACACUUCAAUCGAGGAGUUUAUCAAAGACGUAGACUACGCAGUCUCCAGUAUCACGGAGGAGUUUCAGGAGAAGAUUAGUGUCGGAAUGAGUUCGUCAUCUUAUCAAACAAUACAUGCCCAGAUAUCACGCGCCAGAGCAGUUAAAAAUGAGCUUGACCAGCUAGUGUUGAGGGAACUUGUCUGCAGGCCUGAAGUAAUCAGAUUGUCAAACGAUGUCAAAAGUGAACUCUCGGAUGAGCAAGACGCCAAGUCCAACUUUGAUGGUCCAGCAAACAAUGUUCUGACCCUUUUGGGCAAUAUGGGAAGUGGGCGAACAGGGCAGCUGUUUACCAGCUUACGGAAGACGAAUAUCUCGGAUGGACCACUCAACGAGGCUGCACUGCCGAAUGGCAUUACUGCGACUAAGAUAGUCCCGGUACACAGCAUCAUCAAUACUGAGGACAAGAAACCUACACCCACACUGGGGGAACGUUUUCCACCUCCACCUGGGUUACUCCCUCUACCGCUACCAAAGCAGUCAAGACACACAGCAACAAGAAGCUCGUCCGUCAAUUGGUAUAAUCCCACCGAGGCUGAGUCCAAAAGCAAGUCUGGCAGGCGAGAUGGCUAUACAACACAACCAUUGUCGACUGGCCAGUGGCUGACAUACAAUGCGGCUCCUUCCUCCACUCAGAUAGUGUCUCCAGAAUCAAAGCGCAAACAGCGAGAUCGAGCUUUGAGCUUUGGUGAGCCUCAGACUUCGAUAUCAGAAGAGGCAAUGGUGGCGCACAAUCAGGCCAAGGAGGAUGCUUUGUUUCGCAGUGUGUACUCCAGCUUUGCACCUGACCGCGAUGACUCUGGAGCGAUCGUCGCUGAGCAACAGAAGAAUCGCUUCUGGUGGCGCAAAUAUGGGGAGCAGAGGUACCACGAGUUACUGGGAAUGAGGGAUGCUGGAUUGUAUGAGGCAGAGGCCAACGGCGUUGGAGAUGAAGAUGGUAUAGAUGAAGUGGAGAUUCAAGAAGCCAUCAAAACUUGGGAGUCAGAGGAAAUCCCGCCAGAAAUGAACCCGUCCAAGAUUGUUAGUCUCGAAACACCCGAGACCAGCAAAGAAGCCGAUACUAUUCUCUCAGAAAUAUCGGACCUGCUUGAGACUCUCGAUUCUCAUCAGCGCAUAAGGAAUCUUACACUCGCAGCUAACGCACGCACCAUGAGUGGACAGAACCCUCAGUCGACCGCCCUCACUGGAACUCCCACCAGCCCGUCGUCCGCAGAAGUUGACGUCUACGAGGUGCUGAAGGCUCAGCUAACCCUGAUUGUAUCUACAUUACCACCUUAUCUGGUCGCCAAGCUGGAUGGCGACAAGUUAGGUGCUCUCAACAUCAGCACUAAACUAAAGGUCGAGAGCAAGAACCAAAAGGGUACAAUGGAGUCAGACGAUUCUGCUACAGGCGCAAGAGCAGCAGUCCGGCCUGCAGCAACUCCAAGUAAUCCACAGGCUGCCAGCGCGUACGCAAAUGCCCCCACACGCAGCAGUAGCUAUAUUCCACCGACGGCUACCCCUGUUCAGCGCUAUCAGCAGCAGCCUGGGUACGGAGCUCAGACUGCACCCAGACAAUCAUCAAACUCGGGCUACCUUCAAAAUCCGCAAUACUCAAAUCGACCAGCUUCAUACAACUACUCCGCUGGAACACGACCCACCUAUCCUCCUCAGAGCCAACAGCCUCCACAGCGUGCGGUGUCUUCCUCCAACUACGCCGCGCAGUACGGCCAGCAGUCGUCGCAGUCUUUCGGUUCCUAUCAGCAUGGAUACCGCGGCUACUCAGGGGUAGGCCAAAAUGGGAGAAGUUACAAUUACAAUCAACAAUACUCGACUCCUCAGGCCCGUCCUCCGAACUCCGUCCAACCACCACAGGCUUAUCGAGGGAGUCAAACUGACUAUCAGCAACGAGCGGUGCCUCCGCAGGGUUACGGCUACGGCUCUGUUCCAGCGGCCGGGAGUGCAUCUCCACAUCAACAGCGCUCAUCAUUCUCUGCCCAAGGCCAGGCAGCUCCGCCACAGCGCCCUACAACGCUUUAUCACACGCAUUCUUCACAGUACAACCCACAGACUCCAGCGUCGCCUCUCGUCAAUGGCGCAAGGUCAUCUGGCUCUCCGACUCAACAGGGACACUUGACUGCUGAGGAGCAGGCAGCUUUGAUGGCCAGGCAGAAAGCUCAACUGGCAGAGAGGCAAGAAUCGGGCACGCCACAACCUCCCGCUAGUCAGUAUGGGCAGCAGAACGGGACGCCUGUCCCUCAACAGAACGGAGUGGCGGCAUGA